AUGGACACUAAAGGUAGCUCUCUGCCUUCGAUGCCCGAACCAGCCAACCCGAUCAGCAUGAAGCAGCCGCCAGAGUCCCUCAGUGUACGGAAAGGUCGGGGGGACAUGAGCAGUGACCCUGCUCUGCUAAUGGACAAAGCUGCUGCCCAGCUGGCCGCCACACUACAAGACGGCGUCCUUCAGAAGAUGGCUGGCCACAGUCAUAACAACCACAGCCACGAGAGGCUCAAAGACCUCACCUCCCGUGUGCUGAAUGGGGACCAAGACACACUGCCCAAGCUUUGUGCUCCAGAGCCACCUAUGCUUAAGGGUGCUGAAGCCCCUACUACGACUGGCACCCAUCAGCACAAUUGCACUCCCCAUACAGAACCUGAACUGAAGCCUGAUCUCAUCCCAGAGUUGACAGAGGAGGCUGCAGAAGAGUCUCCUUUGCUGAUCCGUUUCUCUGUUGGUGAUUUGGUUUGGACAAAGGUGUCAGGAUACCCCUGGUGGCCUUGCAUGGUGACCACAGACCCAGAAAUCAGUAGUCACUUCAAACAGAAACAGAAGGCCAAUAGCAGGUCAGGCCUCCUUUACCAUGUACAGUAUUUUGGAGAUGCCCCAGAGAGAGGCUACAUAUUUGAGAAGAACAUGGUGUCCUUCUCUGGGGAGGAUCAAUACCAGGAGCUUAGCCAGGGCAACAAACAGGCAGCCUCCCGCAUCAUCCACAAAAAGACGGGUCCCUCUGUGCCCCGUAAACUCCAGGCACAGUGGAACAUGGGCAUCAUUCAGGCCAAGGAGGCCCUCGACAUGUCACUGGAUGAGCGCAUGGCAAACUUUGUGUUUCAGUAUGAUGAUGAGGGGCCUCAUCUAAACCCCCACAUCCUGGAGAAGUUGAAGCCAAAACAGAGUGUCGAGAUGAACCAGGAAACAGAGUCACGGCUCAGCCCAGAUCUUUCCUCCAUGCUGGAUCCCACCACUUCAGAAGCAGAUAUACAAGCUGAAUCAGCUGCACCUCAGAAGAAAAAGAGGAGACCCAAACAGGCUCAGUCUCCCGCCAAGACACAGAGGAGAAGGAAAAAAUCAGCAACGGACAACUCCUCUGACCCUGUGAAGAAAAGGAAAUCAAAGCUGGUUUCUUCGACAGACGAUGUUUACGAUCCAGACUCUCUCCCAGUUUCUGUUCCAGUCAAGAGGGAGCGGAAGAAAACCUCUAAAAGGCCAGUGACGGACGCUGCAGAAGAAAAGGACCAGCAGCCUAAAAAGAGACGCAAAAUGAGCAAAGAUGUUGAAAAACAGGCCUCAGCUUCAGAAGGAACGGAGAAAAAAUGGAAGAGGAGGAAGAAAACUGAUGACGUGAAAGAAACCAAGAGACGACAGAAAAAGUCAAAAGAUCCUCUUACUGAUGACCAAGAUGCAGAGAAACCAAAGUAUAGGAGGAAAAGGAAACAGGAUGGAGAGAACCAGGCCACGCCUGCUAAAGCAAAGAAGAGGAGGUCCUCCCCUUGUCCUGACCCUGAGGGUUCUGGGAGUGAAGGACGUCCUGAUUCUCCGAGUGACAGCUUAGACGGGACGAAGAAGGGCGAACGGAAGAAAGAGUUUGUCUGUCAGAGGUGUGAACAGGCUGGUGAGGACCUGGUGCCCUGUGAGGGCCAAUGUUGUGGGAUGUUUCACCUCCACUGUCUGGGUCCGUCUUUCAAACCUGAAGACAAGCUGCUGUGUCAAGAGUGCAGCACAGGAAUUCACUCGUGUUUCACCUGUAAGCAGUCGGAGGGCGAGGUGCGUCGCUGCCACGUCCUACACUGCGGCAAGUUUUACCACGAGGCGUGUGUCCGCCUCAACCCUCUCACCUCGUUCGACAACAAGGGCUUCCGCUGCCCGCUCCACACCUGCCUGAGCUGCCACUACGGCUGCCGCACCAAGCAAAAGUCCACCAAGGGUAGGUUAAUGCGUUGCCUACGCUGCCCGGUAGCGUACCACAUCGGUGACCAGUGCGUGGCCGCCGGCAGCGAGAUGAUCACCAACACCGCCAUCAUCUGCACCAACCACUUCAACGCCAAGAAGGGCUACAGCCACCACAGUCACGUCAACGUCAGCUGGUGUUUCGUCUGCUCCAAAGGAGGGCAGCUGCUGUGCUGCGAGUCCUGUCCAGCAGCGUUUCACCCCGACUGCCUCAACAUCGCUAUGCCUGAUGGGAGCUGGUUCUGCAACGACUGCAGAGCCGGAAAGAAACCCAAAUACAGAGACAUCAUCUGGGUCAAACUAGGAACAUACAGAUGGUGGCCUGCUGAGAUCCACCACCCGCGAAACAUACCCACCAACAUCCAGCACCUUCGCCACGAGAUCGGAGAGUUUCCCGUCUUCUUCUUCGGCUCCAAGGAUUACUUCUGGACUCACCAGGGCCGAGUGUUUCCCUACAUGGAGGGAGACAGGGGCAGCAAGCACCAGAGGACUGGCAUCGGCAAAGUUUUUAAAAAUGCUCUGUUGGAGGCUGAAGCUCGAUUCAAGGUGAUCAAAAUGAAACGAGAGGCCAAAGAAGCACAAGAGAACAGCCGAAAACCACCCCCAUACAAAUUCAUCAAGGUCAACAAACCCUUCGGCAAGGUUCAGGUCUACACCGCAGACAUUUCUGAGAUCCCCAAGUGUAACUGCAAGCCGACGGACGAGAGGCCGUGUGGGUUUGAGUCCGAGUGUCUGAACCGUAUGCUGCAGUACGAGUGCCACCCUCAGGUGUGUCCCAGCGGGGAGCGCUGCUGCAACCAGGACUUCACCAAACGUCUUUACCCAGAGACCAAGAUCAUCAAGACGCCCGGCAAAGGCUGGGGCCUGAUCUCCUUGCGGGACAUCAAGAAGGGUGAGUUUGUGAACGAAUAUAUCGGAGAGCUGAUCGAUGAGGAGGAGUGCAGGGCGAGGAUCAAGUACGCCCAAGAAAACAACAUCACAGACUUCUACAUGCUCACCAUUGACAAGGACCGGAUCAUCGACGCUGGUCCAAAGGGAAACUACUCUCGCUUCAUGAACCACAGCUGUCAGCCCAACUGUGAGACGCAGAAGUGGACGGUGAACGGCGACACACGGGUCGGCCUGUUCGCCGUCUGCGACAUCCCCGCAGGGACUGAGUUGACUUUCAACUACAACCUGGACUGCCUCGGCAAUGAGAAGACAGUCUGCCGCUGCGGCGCCCCAAACUGCAGCGGUUUCCUUGGUGAUCGCCCGAAGAACUCAAACGGCCAAACAGCUGAGCCAAAAGGGAAGAGGUUGAAGAGAAAGUAUAAAAGGAGGAAAAGUGAGGGAAAGAAGAAGUCAGAGGACGAGUGUUUCCGCUGUGGAGAUGGAGGGCAGCUGGUGCUCUGUGACAAGAAGACCUGCACCAAAGCUUAUCACCUGUCCUGCCUGAACCUCACCAAGAGACCCUUUGGCCGCUGGGACUGCCCCUGGCACCACUGUGACGUCUGUGGGAAGAACUCUGAGGCUUUCUGCCAGCUCUGCCCAAACUCCUUCUGCAAGGCUCACCAGGAGGGGGCGCUACGCCCCUGGCCUCCCACAGGACAGCUGUGCUGUCUGGAGCACGACGAGCUGGACGGAACAGACAACCAGGAUCAGAACGUCAACUUGGAUACGACUGCAUCAACCGCCACUACUGCCGCCAUCGUCAGUCGUCCUAAAGGCUCCAGGAAGGCGGAAGGAGCCGAAGCAAAAACAAAGGGCUCUAAGAGGAAAGCAGCAGAGGCCUGA